CUCCUCACAAUCUCCUCCUCACACACUCCUCAAAUACUCCUCUUCACACACUCCUCCUCACACACUCCUCUCUGGCAGCUGGAUCUCCUCGUCACCAUGGGUAAAAUCAACGGCUGUCUGAAGUGCGUCUUCGUCCUGCUCAACGCCGCGUUCGGGAUCCUUGGAGUUUUGAUGAUUAUUGGACUUAAGGCCCAAGCACUUGAACCGCAGCUGUCAAACGAGAUGGGCCCCGGAUCCCUGGCUGGGCUGUGGGUAUUCUCCUUUGGGAUGCUAAUGGUUUCCAUACUCGGGCUGACGGCCGCCGGGACCGAGAAGGCAUCACUGCUCAAAGGGUUUGCAGGUCUGAUGGGGGCCAUAAUGAUCAUCAUGAUGAUCUUAGGGAUCGUCAUGGCUUCCUACAGAAAUCAGUUAAAGAACAUCACCCCUGACUCUAUGAGACCGAUGAUGGCAGAUGACACAGUACAAGAAGGUCUCGACAACGUCCAAGGGCAGCUCCAGUGCUGUGGCCUUAUGAGCUAUGAGGACUGGGGGAACAGUAUCCCUUUAUCCUGUGAGUGUUUAGAAGACAACGUGUGCACAGACCGCCCAGGGCACUUGGAAGGUCCAGCUAAAAUCUACUCCAGGCCGUGCUUCCCCAUCUUGUCCGACCUGCUGGUUCAUGCCUUGACGGUCUCCAUGGGUGUCUCCUUUGGCUUCGCUGUCACCGCUCUCCUCUGCGUGGGGGCGAGCCUCCUGAUGAUUGGUCAGGUGAGGCGUCACGACGGCGGGCGCGGAGGACAGGCCAUCGCCAUGACGACUCCUGGGUACAAGCUGACCCCUGGCAUCUGACCUCUGAACUCACGCCUCAUUUCUGCUUCUGGAAAUGAGUCCUGCGCUAUGAUGUCAAUAGUGACAUCAUCAGGAGGCUGAGACUGUGUCACUGGUGUUCCCAUUAAAGAAAACAAUACAUUUGUUCCUCACCAUUAAGGGUUCCAUGUGUUCAUUCUCCUGUUACAAUGUACCUCGUUUCAGUGACUCCUCCCCUCCAUUCCUGUUAGAGGACAGGUGGACUCCUCCCUUCUAUGCAUAUUUAAUUAGCUGUUGACUCCUCCCCUCCAUUGCAGUUAGAGUACAGGUUGUCUCCUCCCUUCUAUGCAUAUGUAAUCAGCUGUUGACUCCUCCCCUCCAUUGCAUUUAGAGGACGGGUUGUCUCCUCCCUUCUAUACAUAUAUAAUUUGCUUUUGACUCCUCCCCUCUAUGCAUAUAUAAUUAGCUUUUUACUCCUCCCCUCUAUGCAUGCAUAAGUAGCUGUUGACUCCUCCCCCCUAUGCAUAUGUAAUUAGCUGACGAAGGUCCUUACUGCUGGGAGGUUUCUGACUCGUGACGCUCCAGACCGACGCUCCUCUGACCUCAGACAGCAGAACCUCCUCACCCAUCAG